GUCAGGAGGCGGCGCCGUGCGCGCUCGCGGUCCCUUUGUGCGGUGCGGCAGCGGCGAUGCUGGCCGGGGGGAAGAAGGCCGCGGAGGCGGCGGGCGGCGAGGGCGGGCCCGAGGCCCCGGUGCCUCCGUCCGCUGCCGUGGGAGCGCUGGGUUCCUCCGCUGAGAGCGGCGGGGCCGCGGAGCGCACUCCUCGUAAGAAGGAGCCGCCCCGGGCCUCGCCCCCGGGAGGUGCCUCCGAGCCGCCCGCCGCCCCCGCGACCGGCGGCGAAACCACCGGCAUCGCAGAGACCCCCGAGGGCCGCCGGACCAGCCGCCGCAAGCGGGCCAAGGUGGAGUAUAGAGAGAUGGAUGAGAGCCUUGCAAAUCUCUCAGAGGAUGAGUAUUACUCUGAAGAAGAGAGAAACGCUAAAGCUGAGAAAGAGAAGAAGCUGCCACCUCCACCUCCACCCGCUCCUGCAGAAGAAGAGAAUGAAAGUGAGCCUGAGGAGCCCUCUGGGCAAGCAGGAGGACUUCAAGACGACAAUUCUGGAGGGUAUGGAGACGGCCAAGCAUCAGGUGUGGAGGGUGCAGCUUUCCAGAGUAGACUUCCACAUGACCGUAUGACAUCUCAAGAAGCUGCCUGCUUCCCUGAUAUAAUCAGUGGGCCACAGCAGACUCAGAAGGUGUUUCUGUACAUCAGGAACCGCACCCUGCAGCUCUGGUUGGAUAACCCAAAGAUUCAGUUGACGUUUGAGGCAACUAUCCAACAACUAGAAGCACCUUACAAUAGUGAUACAGUGCUCGUUCACAGAGUACACAGCUAUCUGGAGCGGCAUGGACUGAUUAACUUUGGUAUCUACAAGAGAGUGAAGCCUCUUCCAACUAAGAAGACUGGGAAGGUGAUCAUCAUUGGUUCUGGUGUGUCUGGGUUGGCAGCAGCUCGCCAGUUGCAGAGUUUUGGGAUGGAUGUCACAGUUCUGGAAGCCAGGGACCGAGUGGGAGGAAGAGUUGCUACCUUUCGCAAAGGGAACUACGUGGCUGAUCUGGGAGCGAUGGUGGUAACAGGACUUGGAGGAAAUCCCAUGGCUGUGGUCAGUAAACAAGUGAACAUGGAGUUGGCUAAGAUCAAACAGAAGUGCCCACUGUACGAAGCAAACGGACAAGCUGUUCCAAAGGAGAAAGAUGAAAUGGUGGAGCAAGAAUUCAAUCGUCUGUUGGAAGCCACCUCUUAUCUCAGUCAUCAGUUGGAUUUUAAUGUUCUCAAUAAUAAGCCUGUCUCCCUAGGUCAAGCUCUGGAGGUUGUCAUACAAUUGCAGGAGAAACACGUGAAGGAUGAGCAGAUUGAACACUGGAAAAAAAUUGUGAAAACACAGGAGGAAUUGAAAGAUCUUCUUAACAAGAUGGUGAAUUUGAAAGAGAAGAUUAAAGAGCUCCAUCAGCAGUAUAAGGAAGCAUCAGAAGUGAAGCCACCUCGGGAUAUUACAGCAGAGUUCCUUGUAAAGAGUAAACACAGAGAUCUGACUGCACUUUGCAAGGAGUACGAUGAAUUGGCAGAAACACAAGGAAAGCUGGAAGAGAAGCUGCAGGAACUUGAAGCCAAUCCACCAAGUGAUGUUUAUCUGUCUUCAAGGGAUAGGCAAAUACUUGACUGGCAUUUUGCAAACCUGGAAUUUGCUAAUGCUACACCUCUCUCUACGCUUUCACUGAAGCACUGGGACCAGGACGAUGACUUUGAAUUCACAGGCAGCCACCUGACUGUGAGGAAUGGGUAUUCCUGCGUGCCUGUGGCCUUGGCAGAGGGGUUGGAUAUAAAGCUGAACACAGCAGUUCGGCAGGUUCGCUAUACAGCUUCAGGCUGUGAAGUGAUUGCUGUAAACACUCGUUCUACCAGCCAGACGUUCAUUUAUAAAUGCGAUGCUGUGCUGUGUACCCUUCCCUUGGGAGUCCUGAAGCAGCAGCCUCCAGCAGUACAGUUUGUGCCACCUCUCCCUGAGUGGAAAACUUCAGCAGUGCAGCGUAUGGGAUUCGGCAACCUUAACAAGGUUGUGUUGUGUUUCGAUCGUGUCUUCUGGGAUCCAAGUGUCAAUUUGUUUGGUCACGUUGGUAGCACUACUGCAAGCAGAGGGGAGCUUUUCUUGUUUUGGAACCUGUACAAAGCACCCAUCUUGCUGGCCUUGGUAGCAGGAGAAGCAGCAGGAAUCAUGGAGAAUAUCAGUGAUGAUGUCAUUGUUGGACGAUGUCUCGCCAUCCUCAAAGGCAUAUUUGGUAGCAGUGCUGUGCCACAGCCCAAAGAGACUGUGGUCUCCCGUUGGCGUGCUGAUCCAUGGGCCCGGGGCUCAUACUCCUAUGUAGCAGCUGGAUCUUCUGGAAAUGACUAUGACUUGAUGGCUCAACCAAUUACUCCAGGGCCAGCCAUUCCAGGUGCUCCACAGCCCAUUCCUCGCCUGUUUUUUGCAGGAGAGCACACAAUUCGCAACUACCCUGCCACUGUACAUGGUGCUUUACUGAGUGGACUGAGAGAAGCAGGGCGCAUCGCAGACCAAUUUCUUGGGGCCAUGUAUACUUUGCCCCGCCAGCCUACACCUGGGGUGCCCACACAACAAGCUACCAGCAUCUAAGGGAAUGAGGAGGGAUCAGAAGAGGACUAGCAAAGCCACGGAGCUGCUGCUGCGUGAACUGCUUGGGAUGAAGACGUUCAUGUAGUUUGUUCAGAGUAUCCGCUGAAGGGACUCGGCCAUAAGUCGCUGUGUUAGAAUGGCCCUACAAAAGCCAGUUGGCUUGGCAACCCUUGACAAAAAAAACCUCAAAAAGCUGUUUCAAGUGUCAGUAUAUACAGAAUUCUUUACUACCAAAUCGGGCAGGGAGGUUUAUUUUGACUCUGUGGAUACUUUCUGGAAGUCAAGCUUAUAGUUGGAAUUUUAGAGGGUUUUAUUCUACCUAUUCAUGUAUUUACAAUCCAGUAAUUGCAGAAAAGGCCCUUUAGAAAUUGGCUUCUAUGAACUGUAGCUUAGCGUAGAAUCUAUGGAAACCUUUUUGCUUAAUUUUGUUUUGAAGAAUAUUUUUGACCAAUUUUAUUCCUCCCCAGCAUUGGAGGCUUUGGUACAACUGUUUCCCUACCAGUAACAGUGCAUUGCACCCCUCCAAAGUGUGCCAAGCAUGCUGCAGUGGUAAAUAUCUUCAACAGAAGAAAUGACCCAAACUGGAUAUUCCAAAGUUAAAAGCUCAGAAAAAUCACUUCUAUUUGUUUAUAUAGAAGCAGAGUUGCCCAGACAUUAAGCUUGUGAAGGACUUCAUCUCAUGAUCAGUGUGUGCUGCAGGUGGGCUGUGCCUGGUGGGUUUUUACCCCUUUCUUUCAAAGCCCAAAGGGAAACUCUUUCCUUCCUGCUGGGUUGAGGAGUUAGUGUUGCAGCUGCCAGGUUAUCCUUAAAGUGACUUUGACUUGGCUGCUUCUCUUUGUUUUCCUUCUUUCUCACUCAGUGCACAGAACAUUCUUCUCAUUGUGCAUAGUGCUCUUAUUUAAUCAUUUAGGGCCUUCUUUCCUCUAUCUCUAGUUAGCACUGUGUUUUUCUUCUCUGAACUUUUCUCACUGCUUUCCUAGAGGUUUACCUACAUCUCUCUGUUAUUCUUCACACUUUUCUACUUCCCCCUUUUUAAACCAUUCUUUGUUUUCUCUGCUCUAUGUGUGAUCUGUCCCACCUUCUGUUCCAUGGGUGGAUUGGUACCCACACAUUUCCUGCUCUUCCCUCUGCAGUUUCACUGCUCACCUUCAUCCUGAAGAUGAUGCACAAACACAACUGCAGCCCCCAUUUAUUUAUAGCUGUGUUUGUUUUGUCUGCAGGCUUUCAGUCUUGGUAUGGUUACUUCUACUGUUUUCUUGUGCCUCAUUCCUAAAGCUGGAGAUCAUUCUUCCUUCUGACUGUGUUAUCUUCAUAGGCAGAGCUUCUGAUGGGCACUGAGAACGGGGGGACUCCAUUAUGGUGGGGACAGCGGGAUAAAUCAGAGCUGGUCAUCUUUGCUUUCCCUUCCAGGAGGUGAGAGGACCUGGUGGUGCUUGGUUAGGAACUGGAAGUCCAGCAGGGCACAGAGGAGUCCAAGGGAAGAUUCAGAGGGCAUAGGCUUGUUUGAGACUUAAAGCUCCCUCCUUCUGUUCAGGUAAAAGCCUACCUGGAAUAGAAUCCUAGAAUGGUUUGGGUUGGAAGAGACCUUUAAGAUCGUUUUCCCCCCCAGGGAAGGGGGUAUUCACAGCCUCACUGGGCAACCUGUUCCAGCAUCUCACUGCCCUCAUGGUGGUGAAUACUACUGAGAGAUAUGGUGUUCCACGAUGGCAGUGUAACAAGCAUCUAAAAUCCAUCAAUAGCUGAUCUGUUUUCUUGGCUGUUGUGACAGAAGGUGGGAAGUGGAUCUGAGGAUCGCAUGCUGCUCUCUGUAACGUGGCUUUGAGCCUCUGUGGGUCUCUGCAUCUGUGGGACUGUUGGUAGUGCUGUGGCCAUGCAGCAGUGUCAAAAACUCAGACAGGCUCUUCUGGUUCCCUGGAAACAAAAAUGGUCCUCAGCAAAACCAAGCCACCUCAGAUAACUAAUGCUAUUUUCAGAGUCAGUGUUCUCCUGUUUAAGUUCAUUCUGAUGGAGACUCAGUAGAUUAUUCAGUGGACCAAAUCCCCUUAAAUGUAUGGUAAUUUGUCUGAGACAUUCACACGUGAACAAACUUCCUUCCACAUAUUGCCAUUGCUUUUGCCUUAGAAAUGAACAGCUUGAUGUACUUUGGGCUUUCAGGAGCAUUUGGAGAUCAGCACAGACACAGAUGUGCUCCCUGCAUGGCCCAGCUGCCCGUGGUCAGUAGCACUGAUUGCACCCAAAGUAGGAGCAGUGGUUGGGUGAAGGUGAAGGUCCCAGACUGCUCCCUUUGUUUUUUGGUUGUGUCUGGGGGGGUUGCUGUGGUGAAGGGAGCAUGGGGGAGAACACUUAGCCUAUGGCCAGCUGAAGCUCUGCAGACCUGGAUCAGGUGGCCCAGUGUGGGCUGAUGUCAUGUUGAGGUUCAGCUCUGCCAGGCUGUGCAGUGAAGCUUCCAUCCCUCAUCCAGAAGCUGGAGCCCUCUGCUCCUUGCAGCACUUGUAUUCCUGAGCGUGACUCCCAGCACUUAGCAGCUCUUUACCUGCAGCUUCUGUCCUCCAGGGACUGCCUGCCACCUCAAUCUGGUGGUGGCUCCCACUCCAACCCAGGAGCUUUGUGCUCUGCUCUUUUUGCCAUGGUCUGUUUGGUGGACCUUUGGCACCACCUGUAAUGUCUGUUCCUGUCAGAGUGCUCUCUCUGCUGUUUUCCCACCACCUAUGACCUGCUAAGGGGCAGAAAGCACUGCAAUUGAAUGGAUCACCAGAUCUUCUCCUUCUCAGCAUCCUUCCUCAUGCUGUGGUCUCCUUCCAGCUGCUGCCCUGACUUCCCUGUAUGGCACCUGAUCUGUUAGCACAGGUUGGGAUUGAAGGCAGCCAGGCUCUGUCCCAAAUGCAUGCGAUGGAGAUUGGCUGCACUGUUUGCAUUGCUCCCCAUCUGUUCUCAGGGACUCACCACUUCUCGCUCUGUGGGUACGUGAACUGUAUUUCUGAGAAUAAAACUGAUUGGUGCUGUG